UUUGACCACUUCCAGAUUCUCCGGGCGAUUGGGAAGGGAAGCUUUGGCAAGGUGUGCAUUGUGCAGAAGAGAGACACUGAGAAGAUGUAUGCCAUGAAGUACAUGAACAAGCAGCAGUGCAUCGAGAGGGACGAGGUCCGCAAUGUGUUCCGGGAGCUGGAGAUCCUGCAGGAGAUCGAGCACGUGUUCCUGGUGAACCUCUGGUACUCCUUCCAGGACGAGGAGGACAUGUUCAUGGUGGUGGACCUGCUGCUCGGCGGGGACCUGCGCUACCACCUGCAGCAGAACGUGCAGUUCACGGAGGAGACGGUCAGGCUGUACCUCUGUGAGAUGGCGCUGGCACUGGACUACCUGCGCAGCCAGCACAUCAUUCACAGAGAUGUAAAACCAGACAACAUUCUCCUGGAUGAGCAAGGUCACGCACACUUAACAGAUUUUAAUAUUGCAACAAUAAUUAGGGAUGGUGAAAGAGCAACUGCGCUAGCUGGAACAAAGCCAUACAUGGCUCCGGAGAUUUUCCAUUCCUUCCUGAGUGGGGGCACGGGUUACUCCUUCGAAGUGGAUUGGUGGUCGCUGGGAAUCAUGGCUUACGAACUCCUCCGUGGCUGGAGGCCGUACGACAUCCACUCCAACAACCCGGUGGAGUCCCUGGUGCAGCUGUUCAGCACCGUCAGCGUUCAGUACUCAUCCACGUGGUCAAAGGAGAUGGUUGCUCUGCUCCGAAAGCUGCUGACGGUGAACCCCGAGCACCGCUUCUCCUGCCUGGCUGACAUCCAGACAUCAGCAUAUCUUUCUGCCGUGCCCUGGGGUGAUGUCUGCCAGAAGCGCCUGGAGCCGGGCUUCGUCCCCAACAAGGGCCGCCUGCACUGCGACCCCACCUUCGAGCUGGAGGAGAUGAUCCUGGAGUCCAGGCCUCUGCACAAGAAGAAGAAGAGGCUGGCGAAGAACAAAUCACGGGACAACAGCAAGGACAGCUCGCAGUCCGAAAAUGACUAUCUCCAAGAAUGCCUUGAAGCUAUCCAGCAAGACUUUGUCAUCUUUAACAGAGAGAAGCUGAAGAGGAGCCAGGAGCAGACGGGUGAGUCCACGUCUGCCCCUGAGACCACCGCUGAGGCUGAGACGGAGGCUGAGGCUGAGACCUCCAGCCUGAACAUGUGCAGCUCCGUGUGCUCGGCGGGCAGCAGCUAAGCUGAGGCCGCCCUGCUGCCGCCCACUGCCGCCUGCCCUGGGUUGCACUGAGUGCCUCUGGCAGCGCCCUGCAGCACCUGGCACAGCAGCUCGUCCCGCAGCGUUGUAGCAAAACAGUUCUCACAGAGCUGAGCUCUGGAUUCACACAGGCACCAGUUCCACUCGCUGAGGUGCUGCCGUGGGUAAGGAUACUCGCUAUGCAACUUGUCGGAGGAAGGAGACCUGUUUCAUUAACUGUUCUUUUAUAAUGUCAGAUUGCUGGUCAGUUCUAAUACAGUGCGAUGGCAACAGGAGAAGUUACAUCUCCAACAGGGGAAGCCAGCGGGAGGAAGGCUGGAUGGGUGGCUCAUGCUGUAUGAGCACUGCUGCUAGCGAGGGCUGCGUGGGGCCGAGUGCUCCCACUGUGAGUUGGGGCUGCCCCUGCUGCAGCCACAUCUGGGAGCGGGGAUGGCCCUGCAGCUCUGGGAUGGCCCUGCAGCUCUGGGAUGGCAUAGGCAAACUGUUGUCCCCUCACCACUGCCGGAGUGUCGUUCCUGACUUGGGGUAAAUAAAUGUUUUUUGUGCACUUGUGGGGCUGGGUAAUGAUUAAAUACGUGAUCAAUAUGUAAAGUGUAUUUAAGAUACUUGCUUCCUUCAUGCAGCUGCUGUGAGUGGCAAGAGCCGUGUGGCAGAUCGGACCAUUUGGGCUCUGUGUGCCCAGGUUUGGGGGAUGCGUUUUGUCACAGGUUCGGGUUUUUUUGGAAGCAGUUUGUGACCUUCUAGUACUGCUUGGCCAUGAAAAGAGGGCAGUGUCUUAAUUUACCCUUCAGUUUUCUUUAUUUUCAGCGUAAAGUAGGAGUGCUGUACAUAAUUUACCAAAACCUGUUUUUAUCUUCUCAGUAAGACAGGAGCUCUCUGAUGGCUCCGCUCUGGGGGUUGCCUUUCUCUGCUUUCAGAGGCCUUCACUCCGUCGGCUGCUCAAUCUGCUGUGUUGUGGCUUUUGGUUACUGUUGUUAAACAUGAGCCGUGGGUUCUGCUGCCACACAAAGCCGUUGUGCUUUGUGCACAGAUUGAUGGCAGCAGCGUUCACCUUAAGGCUAGCGAGAUGUGUUUGCUGGCAGAUGCCAAGGAGGUGGCUGGGUUUGCAUCCUUGUUCUAUAUUUGUAACGCAGAAAUGCAUAGAAGAGGUUUUAACAGAUGCAGACUCUUUUAGGACAAACACUGCUGCGUUUUUAGUUUCUGUGGAUGAAAUAGAUCAGCUUAACCGUGUACAAUUAUUUUAUACGAAAGAUGACACUAAUUAAUUUUCCACAGUUUUAUGUGGAGAUCAGUAAGUGACUGUGUUUGUGCAGAACCAGACGUUCACGGAGGGGCAGCAGAGGCUCGAGGUGCAGACCUCAGCACCGGCUGUGCAGGGGCGGCUGGGGGUGGCUCUGCUCACAGCCCCGUGGGACGGCCAUCUCAGCACUGCUCCCUGGGCUGAGCUGCCUGCAGCCCUGCUCCCGCCGCUGUGCCCACACGCCUGCCUCUUCCCCCGGCGCUCCCCAGCCCUGUCCUUUUUCCUUUUUUGUCCCCCUGUCUGUCCCUUUUCCCCCUGCGCAUCGUGCAGUGCCCAGCACUGCUGGGGGGCACCGCAUGGCUGCCGCCCCAGGGUGAGAUGGGGGGCACAGAGGCGGGGAGGACAGACUGCAGAGUGUGUGCGUCUGCCCCGGCACCUUCUGCUUCUGCACCUGGCUGACCAGGACGGGGGACGUGACAGACUUUGGGCGCACGGUGCAGUCAGACGCUGUGAGUCCAGCAUCACUUGGGUACUCGUUUCCAGCCGUGCGUGGAUGUGUGUUUUGCUGCUGCCCGCCACAGAGCAUGUUCUGUUGCUGCCCAUUUACUUAUGCAUAGAUGCAGGGGAUGCAACUGAAAGCGAAGAGUGAUGGUGAGAAGGAGGCACAGCAUAGAGCAUCAGUCCGCUGCUGUCUCGGCCGGGAGCGGGGCUGUGCUGGGCUGUGGGGCUGUGCUCUGCACAGCGGCUGUGAUGGCUGCACUGCCGAAGCCCCGAGCCCUUCUGUCCCUGCUGGGUCAGUGCUGCUGUGAGCAGAGCUCACGGGGUUGUGAGAGGCGCUGCCACUCCCGACCCCACUGCAGAGCCUGCGGGAGCCGGUCCGGCACUGCUUCACAUCUCCACAAAAACGUUUGUAUAUAACUAUUUCAGUACGUGCAUCUUUUGUAUGACAGAUUUAUACAGGGAGUGCCGUUAUCCGCUGUGAGGCGUCUACAUCACCUAGGAAUUAUUCUCCUUCAAUUCUUGCCAUGAGAUUUUUUUCUUAUCGCUGUUGUAUCUGGGAGUUUUGCAGAAUUGCGUAUUUUCAAGUGUUUCCAUUGAAUUCCACAGACUUUGCUGGGAAUUUUUGUAGAAACCAAUGCCAGGUCAGGUCCGGAUGGGUCCUUUGUUGCCAAUUCAUCACCCUGCACCUCGGUGAGAAGAGAAUAAGAGUAAUACGAAUGAGGUAAUGUGAACUGGAGGUUGGACAGUGCCGAAACCCCGAUGCCUUGGUAGGGAAUAUUUUUAAAUUAUCUCAGUGUAAAUCGGAUAGGUAAAGUAUACCUUUGUACUUUAUGUUAAUACAUUUCUGUAAUUUAUUGCAUAGCAAUACUGCCAUGUCACGGAGCGUUUCAAUUAGGACAACAAAUUUGUGUUUUUACAGACACUGCAAGAAGCCAUUGCCUAUGUGGAGUAAUAAAUGUGUAUUUUUAACAUU